AUGCAAUUCAAGAACAUCGUCGCCGCUUUCGCCUCCGUUGCCGCCGUCCAGGCCGCCAACUCGUCUAACGCUUCCAACAUGUCCAACUCCACCAACGGUUCUUCCACCAAGGUGUCCACCGGUGCCGCUGCCUCCAACGCCAUGGGCGCUGGUGUCUUCGGUGCUGCCGUCGCUGCCGGUGUCGCUUUGUUGUUCUAA